AUGCGGAGGGAGGAUGAAGGACGCUGCGUGGAGCAGGGAUGUCCCGAUGGAGCCAAAGGGGAUGAAACGGUGGUAAAAUCCAAAGAGAAUAACCAUGGGAGAGCUUGGGAGAGCGACCGGGGGAUGGAGGGAUGCCCAGGGACGGAGCAGAAGGAUGAAUUCACCCGUGGCAAAGGGGGUCGGCAGGUCUUUGGAGAAGAAAGGCUUUACGAAUGUUCCCACUGCCAGAAAUGCUUCCAGGACAGGUCAGAGCUCAUUUGCCAUCAGAGGUUGCACAGAGGAGGAAAGACUUUUAAAUGCCGAGAGUGCGGAAAGGAGUUCGGACAGAGCUCGGACCUUAGUUCCCACCAGCAAAGCCACAUUGCGGAAAAGCCCUACCAGUGCUCGACGUGCGAGAAGUUCUUCAAGGACAGGUCCACCCUCAUCAGACACGAGAGGGUGCACACGGGAGAGAAGCCCUACAAGUGUCUGGAGUGCGGGAAGAGGUUCACCCGUAGCUCGGACAUCAUCGUCCAUCAGCGGAUUCACACGGGGGAAAAACCCUUCGAGUGCGCCGAGUGCGGGAAGAAGUUCAGCCAACGGUCCAACCUCUUCACCCACCGGAUCGUACACACGGGGGAGAAACCCUUCGCCUGCCACGAGUGCGGGAAAACCUUCGCCCGGAGAUCGGAGCUCACCAUCCAUCAGCGAACGCACACCGAGGAGAAGCCCUACCAGUGCUCCCAGUGUGAAAAAUCCUUCCGAGGGAGGUACGGACUCUUCAGGCACGAGCGGUUGCAUACGGGGGAGAAACCCUACGAGUGCUCUGAGUGCGGGAAGAGCUUCGGUCAGAGCGGGGACCUUAUCACCCACCAACGCUUCCACACGGGGGAGAAGCCCUACCACUGCUCCGAGUGCGGGAAGUUCUUCUGCAAUAAAUCCAGCCUCGUUAAACACCAGAAAUGGCAUUCGGGGGAGAAGCCCUACAAGUGCCAC